AUGACCCCUCCACAGACCAGAGCUUGGGCGGCAGCAGGAACAGCAGCAGCAGCAUCAGCAGCAUCAGCCGCAUCGAUAAGAACCGCGCGCCGCCCACUUUCGUCAUCGCUUCAUGCUCUCGCCGCCGUCAAGCAGCGAAACGACACAACCACUGGCGCUCGUUCCUCGGUAUUCACAAACACAAACGGUAAACCAAUCGCAUCUCAAAACAUUGUGCAGGUUGCAAAAAUGUCCACCAUGGAAGCCACUGCUGGCCACAGCAAGGCCUGCUGCAAUGUGCCUCCCGUCGUCGAGUCGGGCUAUGAGAAGAAGGGCACGUACGAGGAGGUGGGCGGCUACAAGACCUAUGUGACUGGCCCCCAGGACGCCACCAAGGGCAUCAUCGCCGUCUAUGACAUCUUUGGCUACUUUGACCAGACGCUCCAGGGCAUGGACAUUCUGGCCACCAGCGACGCGUCGCAAAAGUAUCGCGUCUUCAUGCCCGACUGGUUCAAGGGCAACCCGUGCCCCCUCGAGUGGUACCCGCCCGACACCGAGGAGAAGCAGCAAAAGGUCGGCAACUGGUUCAAGGACUGGAACCCGGCUGAGACGGCGGCCAAGGUACCUGACUACGUCAAGGCCGUGCAGGAGAAGAACCCGGGAAUCAAGAGCUGGGCUAUUAUUGGCUUCUGCUGGGGCGGCAAGAUUGUCUGCCUAACAACCUCCUCCGACAACAACCCGUUCUCAGCCGGAGCCUCGAUCCACCCGGCCAUGGUGGACCCAGCCGACGCCAAGAACAUCAAGGUGCCCCUCAUCAUGCUUGCGUCCAAGGACGAGGCUGCCAAGGACGUCUCGGCGUUCGAGUCGGCGCUGCCCUCGUCGGUGCCCAAGCACAUCGAGACCUUUGGAGACCAGAUCCACGGCUGGAUGGCGGCCAGGUCGAACCUCAAGGACGCCAGGGUCAAGGAGGAGUACAUCCGUGGCUACAAGACCGUGCUCGAGUUCUUUGGCAAGAACUGGAAAUAA